AUGGGUUGGCAAGUGCUCCUUAGACAUUUGGCUGAGCUGAAACCUCCUGCCUCAAUCCAUGAGACUCGAUCUUCGGAUGAAGGUUUGGUGAGCUGUUAUUUUUCCUGCUACCCAGGUGAAAAUGAGCCACCAGUCGUGGUCAACAUUCAGUUGUGCGCCUCCAACAUUGACGAGUACCCCGAAGGCAAUGCCUUCAUGAUCUUUACCACUGACGAAUCUGUCAAUCAAAACAUCCCCAAGGCAUUAGGCGAUCUGUCCGAACGUACUCACGGUCAAUCACUGUCCGGUGUGUUGGAGGAGAUCUCUGAACUACUGACCCAUGUCAUCACUUGCGAACCGUCAAUUUAUCCACAGAAAGACACCGACUCUCAAUCUGAACGGUCGGAUUUCGAAUUUGAAGAUGAUUCAGAUGUGGAAUUCGGAUUCGCCAAAGAGCCAAUUCUUCCACGCAAUUUUGGAAAGCCAGCAUCAUCCACCCUUCCCUCGUCCGUCGACCCUGCCAGACUUCGCAAAGACCUUAUUGCCCUCAAAGAUGCUGGAUUUCGCAUUGGUGUUCUUGGAGACCUGAAAAGAGCAGGCAUUCUUUGCGUGUCUCUUAGGAUCGCCAAGUUAGGGCUGUCGGAAGAAGCGUUGGAAGCUUGGAACUUGCAGCGCAAACAAUACUUUCUCUUGAUGAUUGCAUACCCCCAAGGCUAUCGCGACAUCGACAGAGUUAAACAAGAGCCAACCUUAUCUGGUCUGGCCCAGAUACGUGUUGGUGUCUGUGACCACUACAAGCCUCAACUUGCGCAUGUGUUGCCUCUCUUUCCAGGUAUCAAGUCCGGAUUCUGGUGUGAUAUGCGAACAGCUGCAACGAGCAACCAAAGCAUUCUUCAACCACUCUUUAUCGGCAAGCCACUCAACGAGCUCUUGCAUGGUCAUUUUCCUGCCAUCAUUCGAGCUCGGCUCAAUCAUGGUCUGAGUUGGUUGGGAGCUGAACAAUUCGUUCAAACCAUGCAGGCAGCUUCCUCAAUCGAGGAGCUCGAAGACAUGAGUCAAUUCCACGUCAACGACGCGUUUACCAGUGAGAGUUUUCCUCCGCUGACAGUCACAACUGCGGACCAUGUGGCGCAAGCUUCCUCCGAUUGUUUAUCAUUGCCACUGGUUGCCAUGCAAUUCGCCAUUAGGCAUUUGUCACGCUGUACAGAAUUCUGUCUGGUCUGCCACCGUUGUCUUGAUAACUCAUUUGGUGCACUGAAACCAUAUGUGUGCUCAAAACCGCUCUGUCUUUAUCAAUACAUGGCAAUUGGCUUUGGUCCAAGUAUUGAACGAGAAAUUGUUUCGCAGCCGCUCGUCGUUGAUCUUCUGAUCAGUUUCUGCUUUUUCGCAGCACAGGCCAGAACCCUGAAAGUUUUGCCAACUGGCAUGGGUCUUCAAGUUCCGCUCAUUCCGCGACCAAACGCUGAGGUCUCUACUGUCCAAAAUAAGCAUCACGGCCCAUAUGCGCCGAAAUCCAAAGACGCCCCCACGCCCCAAACAACCAUCAAAGAGUCGUUCACUUGCUUGUGGAAGCUUGAAGCAGAAGAAAAUGUGAUUGAUGUCGAAGAGGACAGCUCUCAGAAACUACAACGUCUCAGACCAGGAAACUGGGUUUUUAUCAUAUCAGAUGACAAAAAAAUGACAUCUUAUGGUAGGAUCAAGAGAAUACAGUUGCCUCGUGUGGAGCUUGGAGAUGUCAUUGCACUCGAAACAUUGGAACAAGCCAUGGCAAAUCUAAAGUUGUCGAGAGGAGGCGCGCCCAGCAAGUGUUACAUAUAUGAUCACAACUUUGACGAUCUUUCAGACCUCGACAAACAUCAUGGAAUCCACACUUUGAUAUUGACCUUGCCUAGCGUUGAAGAAAUGCGCAAGUAUCUACUUUGUCAGGGUGCGGACGCCAAGUUGGGAGAUUGGACAGCCAGAAUGUCUCCGUCCGCUGUCAGUUUACUCCGCUGGAUCAUCGCGUCGAACACAUCCAGCAUCAUCCAAUUGAACCAUCUUGACGAGGAUGGCACCUUUGAGGAGCCAACUUCAGUUCAAGAUCGAGUCGGCGGAAUGGAGGGUUGGAUCCAGUUUCGCUUUGCUCAGGGUGCCCCAGACAAGGAGAAGCGUUUCUUGGAGUGUGUGAAGAAAGCAUGUCCGGAAAAGCAACAUCCAACUUUAUUCGGAUGGCACGGCUCGGUUGUUGGUAACUGGCACAGCAUUAUUCGGCAAGGACUUCGAUUCGACUCGAUUGUGAAUGGGCGCGCUUUCGGAAAUGGUGUUUACUUGAGCCCUUAUGCCUCGACAAGUGUUGGUUAUGCACGUGGCAGCUUCAUGAUAGGGUGGAAACAGUCACACCUUCAAAUACAAUCCGCCCUUUCUUUGAGCGAGGUCGUCAACCAGCCCACACAGUUUGUCAGCCGCCAACCUCACUAUGUGGUGGGAAACAUCGACUGGAUACAAACUCGAUAUUUGUUUGUCAAAUCCAAGAUACCCACCGAGUCAUGUGGACAGCCGUCUGCCGUUUAUGAGCAAGACCCCAGUCAUACUGUGUACAAUGAACGUGCAAAGCCCAUCACUAUUCCGAUCACAGCAAUCUCCAAGUCUCGACGGCCCGGAAAGAGCAUCGUGUCAGAUGUAAGUGGGUCGACGAAACGCAGUAAGAUGGUUAGGGACACUGACCAAGCCACUGCUGAACGGCUCAAUGAUGAUGCCGAAAGUUUAGCCUCAGAUGACGAAGACUUGGCCGUCUUUGAUGGUGCCUCAGACAUGAUUCUUGAAAAGAAACGCGAAGUAGAAGAUGCUGAUGGUGAAAAGACAGACUUCGUCCCAGGUUCGUUGGACGUCAGUGGAAUUCAAUUCCUUGCUCCACCAAAGGAGGCCUCAAUGACUUCAACCAGGGCAUUGAUGCGAUCAUUCCGCGAGAUUCUGGCAGUCCAAGAAGACACCUCACCAGCAAAAUUAGGGUGGUAUAUCAACCCAGACAUGGCGGAAAACAUGUACCAAUGGAUCGUGGAGCUCCAUUCCUUCCCACACAAUCUACCCCUGUCCAAAGAUAUGAAAGCCGCCGGGUUAACGUCAGUGGUUCUAGAGAUGCGGUUCUCCAACAACUACCCCUUCGCGCCUCCAUUCAUCCGGGUGGUCAAACCACGCUUUCUCCCUUUUCGUCAGGGUGGUGGUGGCAACGUGACGGAAGGUGGCGCCAUGUGUAUGGAGGCCCUUACGAACACGGGCUGGACCGCAGCGCAGGCUAUUGACGGGCUGCUUCUCCAGGUACGUAUGGCCAUACUUGAUGAGGAACGACCUGCGAGGCUAGCUACCAGAGGAAAUGCGGGACGAGAAACUUACGGCAUCGGUGAGGCGGUGGAGGCAUACAUUCGUGCAUGUAGAAACCACGGGUGGACUGUUCCGGAGGGGUUCGAAAAGAUGGCAUUCGGGCAGCAGUGA